AAAAGGUUUCAAAAUGAAUCCAAGCUUGGAAUCAACUAAAUUAUGUAAAAAAGAUAUAAUAAUUCCAAAUCACUGCUAUAGUAAAAUGAGUAUCCGUCAGAAAAAUAUUUUAAAUCAUAAAAGAAUUAAGAAAAAGCGAAAACCAAAAUCUUCACAAAAUAUUUUAUUCAAUAAAAUAGCACCUAUUUUAAAACAACAAGACAGAUUUGAAAGUUUGAGAUCAGUUACAUCAGAUCAGGUGAUAAAAUUGGAAAGACAUAAUGAAGAUACUGAAGAUGACAUCGAUAUUGAAGAAGCUAAUUGUAAUGAUACCAUAAUGCCUUUGCCAAACUCAAAUGACACUAAAUCUACAUCUGCCAUUGAUGUAUCGGACUCAAUAGAUAAUGUAUCACGUUUUGAAAAUGCACCACUUGAAGAAUACGUUUUCUUUAAUAAACUAAAUAUAACCGAUGAUGAAAAAUAUUAUCUGCAUGAAUUUUUCGAAAAUCGUCCUUCAAAAACACCAGAACGAUAUUUAAAAAUUCGUAACCAUAUUUUAGAUUGUUGGGAAAAUUGUAAACCGAAAUAUUUAACAAAAUUAUUAGCACGUAAAAAUUUAAAAAAUUGUGGCGAUGUAAAUAGUAUUGGAAAUGUUCAUACGUUUUUAGAACAAAUUGGAGCUAUUAAUUUUGGCUGCAAACAUAUUAAUUAUAUUAGACCUUUAGACAGCAUAUUUUCAUCGAAUGAAAAAUGUAAUCGUUUAAGUAAUCAAAGUUUAAAUAAAUGUAUACAAAAUGAAGACAUCAAAAGUGAACCCAGCUCCAACACAUCAAGUCCUAUCCCACGACUAAAACGUAAUAAGAGGUUUAUAAAAUUUAAUCGCGAAGAAGGUGGUUAUACUUUUACGCAUGAUGAAACUGGUGAUAUAAUUGAAACGACUUUUAUAAACAGAGAUGAAGCGCAUCUACCAAGAAAACAUCGAAAACCAACCAUUAAAUUAAUUUCUUGUCGAUCUUUUACUGCAGAUACUCCAGCUCCAUACAUUGUAAAAAUUGACAUAUCAGCAUUAUUAUGCAUGGAUUGGCAUGCGCACUCUUCAUUCGAUGAGGUCAUAGGUCUAAUCGGUGGUAUUUAUGACCAACGUUUAAAUAUUCUAAAAAUCCAACGUUAUGUACCAUGUGCAACCGUCACAAACAGUCACGUACAUUGCGAUAUGUGUCCCAUAUCACAAUCAUUAGCCCAAGAGUCAAUUCUUAAUGGCAAUUUACAAGUAAUUGGUUGGUUUCAUUCACAUCCUACAUUUAGUUCAAAUCCAUCUGAUCAAGAUAUUGAAACUCAACUGAAUAUGCAAAGGUGGUUGGAACGUUCAUCGUACAAUGAUUUACCAUUGUUUGUUGGAAUUAUUUUAUCACCAUUUACAUUUUACAAGAAUUCAACACAUGCAUCAGAUUAUCAAUGCAUUUUGGUAAAGUCGGAACCGAAUACAGAUGGUCAGUUAGUUCCGAUUCCAUAUAAAUUUCAAACAUCAAUUAUGUCCAGUGAUAUUAAUGUUGAAAAUUUGAUUCAAAAUUUAAAAUCACUUUUUAAUGAACAUAAAUUAAAUGAAAUUGAUUUGUCAUCACCGUACAUAUUUGACACUUCAAUUACAUAUUUAGAUAAGAUGUUAAUCAGUACAAAAUCAAUAUUGUCGAAAUAUUGUGAAUAUAUUGGAGAAGCCAAUGAAACAAUUAUAAAAGAGAUUCAAAAUUUAGUUCCAAAGAAAACCUAAAAAACGUAACUUAAAUUUUAAAAUUAAAUAAGAAGUGGCUAGAGUACUUCAAAUGGAAAUACGUAAAAAUAAAUUUUCAUCA